CACUAGGCUUUGCCAAUUUUCUAGGCAGCCUUAGAAUGUCCAAUGAGGCAAAUCUAUAGAGACAGAAGGUAGAUUAGUAAUUACUUAGGCUGGGGGUGUGCAAGUAUUGAAGGGAAAUGGGGAGUGCUGUUAAUGAGUACAGGGUUCUUUUUUGGGGUGAUGGUUGCACAACUGUGCAUAUACCAAAUACACUUGGAAUGGAUGAGUUGGAUGGUAAUGAGAAUUGUGUCCCAAAAAGUUGUUUUUUUAGGGCUGGCAGCAUGGCUCAAACAAUAAAGUGCCUGCCUAGCCAGUGCAAAGCCCUGAGUUCAAACCUUAGUACUGCCAAAAAAGGUUGUUUUUUAAAAUUAGGAAGAAACUUAAGCCAUUAAUGUUAGAAAGGUGAAUACAAGUCAACCUAAGGGAAGUAGAUUCAGCUCUAUUUCUUGAGCCCUGCAAUAAUAAUUGACCAUCUGCAUAUCUUUUUUCUCCUUCUCUCAGGACUCCAUAUCAUCCAUAGCCUAGAUGAAGUUAAUUUCAUACAGAACCUUGUGUUUUACAUUGAAGCUGCAUAUAAAACUGCUGACUUUGGGAUAUGGGAACGUGGCGACAAGACCAACCAAGGGAUCUCAGAAUUGAAUGCCAGUUCUGUUGGAAUGGCAAAGGCAGCCUAGAAGCACUAGAUGAACUGGACCUGUUCGGCGUAAAAGGUGGGCCCCAAUCAGUUAUCCAUGUCCUGGCUGAUGAAGUACAGCACUGCCAGUCUAUCCUUAAUUCGCUCCUGCCCCGGGCUUCAACAUCCAAAGAGGUUGAUGCUAGUCUGCUGUCAGUGAUUUCCUUUCCAGCCUUUGCCGUUGAAGAUAGCCAGUUGGUAGAGCUCACAAAACAGGAGAUCAUCACCAAGCUUCAAGGUCGUUAUGGUUGCUGUCGUUUUUUACGAGAUGGAUAUAAACUCCUAAAGAGGUAGGAUCCUAAUCGUCUAUACUAUGAACCAGCUGAGCUGAAGCUAUUUGAAAACAUUGAGUGUGAAUGGCCAUUGUUCUGGACAUACUUUAUCCUUGAUGGAGUCUUCAGUGGCAACACAGAACAGGUUCAAGAGUAUAGAGAAGCUCUUGAUGCAGUCCUCAUCAAGGGCAAAAAUGGAGUCCCACUUCUGCCAGAGUUGUAUAGUGUUCCUCCUGACAGAGUUGAUGAAGAAUAUCAAAAUCCUCACACUGUGGACAGAGUUCCCAUGGGGAAGUUGCCUCAUAUGUGGGGUCAGUCUCUAUACAUUUUAGGAAGCUUGAUGGCAGAGGGAUUUUUAGCUCCUGGAGAAAUUGAUCCCCUGAACCGUAGGUUUUCUACUGUACCAAAGCCAGAUGUUGUGGUUCAAGUCUCCAUUCUAGCCGAAACAGAAGAAAUCAAAGCCAUUUUGAAGGACAAAGGAAUUGAUGUGGAGACCAUUGCUGAGGUGUAUCCCAUCCGAGUACAACCAGCUCGUAUUCUCAGCCACAUUUAUUCUAGUCUAGGAUGCAACAGUAAAAUGAAACUAAGUGGACGACCCUACAGAUUUAUGGGAGUGCUUGGAACUUCAAAACUGUAUGACAUUCGGAAAACUAUCUUUACCUUCACUCCACAGUUUAUAGACCAGCAACAGUUCUACCUGGCUCUAGACAAUAAGAUGAUAGUGGAAAUGCUCAGGACCGACCUCUCCUACCUCUGUAGCCGUUGGAGGAUGACAGGCCAGCCUACCAUCACCUUCCCUAUCUCACACACCAUGCUUGAUGAAGAUGGAACCAGCUUGAAUUCAAGUAUUCUGGCAGCACUCCGAAAAAUGCAGGAUGGCUAUUUUGGUGGGGCAAGGAUUCAAACAGGUAAAUUAUCAGAGUUUUUGACAACAUCUUGCUUCACACACUUAUUCAUGGAUCCUGGACCUGAGGGUAGCUGUACAGUGAAGAUUAUGAUUGAGGACUAUGAUGAGCUGGGAAUCUGGCAACUGGAUGGAUGGCUAAAUUCUAGAGGACCUGACUGGGACACCAAACUGUAUGAGGAAGGGGGUGCUACAGUCAGAGUGCUGCUUACUGAACUAUAUGGCAAAGUUGGAGAAAUCCGUCACUGGGGCCUAAUCCGAUACAUCUCUGGUAUCUUAAGGAAAAAGGUGGAAGCACUUGAUGAGGCCUGCACAGACCUUCUCUCUUACCAGAAACAUUUGACAGUGGGACUCCCUCCAGAACCUCGAGAGAAGACCAUCUCUGCACCCCUGCCCUAUGAAGCACUCACUCAACUGAUUGAUGAAGCCAGUGAAGGGGACAUGAGCAUUUCAAUACUUACACAGGAAAUAAUGGUAUAUUUAGCCAUGUAUAUGCGAACCCAGCCUGUCCUCUUUGCUGAAAUGUUUCGACUUCGAAUUGGUCUGAUUAUACAGGUUAUGGCAACAGAACUGGCCCACUCCCUUCGAUGCUCAGCUGAAGAAGCUACGGAGGGUCUGAUGAAUCUCAGUCCUUCAGCUAUGAAGAACCUCCUACAUCACAUUCUCAGUGGCAAGGAGUUUGGAGUGGAACGGAGUGUUCGUCCCACUGAUUCAAAUGUUAGUCCUGCUAUUUCUAUCCAUGAGAUUGGUGCUGUUGGAGCAACCAAAACAGAACGAACUGGAAUCAUGCAGUUAAAAAGUGAGAUAAAGCAGGUGGAAUUUCGUAGACUGUCUAUUUCAACUGAGAGUCAGUCCAAUGGUGGUCAUCUCUCGGGUAUAGAUUUGAUGUCACCGUCUCUUCUGUCCCCUGGAACUGGUGUGGCUUCAAGUAGUGGGUCCUUUCCUAGCACAUAUGAUCAACAGACAUCUAGAGAUAGUCGUCAAGGUCAAUGGCAGCGCCGGAGAAGGCUGGAUGGAGCACUGAAUAGAGUCCCAAUUGGAUUUUAUCAAAAAGUAUGGAAAGUUUUGCAGAAGUGUCAUGGACUUUCUGUGGAAGGUUUUGUUCUUCCUUCUUCAACCACUAGGGAGAUGACUCCAGGCGAGAUUAAAUUCUCUGUCCAUGUGGAAUCUGUCCUGAAUCGAGUACCUCAGCCAGAAUACCGCCAGCUUUUGGUUGAAGCCAUCCUUGUUCUCACCAUGCUGGCAGAUAUUGAAAUUCAUAGCAUUGGAAGCAUCAUUGCUGUAGAAAAAAUAGUGCAUAUUGCCAAUGAUUUGUUCUUUCAAGAACAGAAAACUCUCGGCGCAGAUGAUACCAUGUUGGCAAAGGAUCCCGCAUCUGGCAUAUGUACUCUUCUAUAUGACAGUGCACCCAGUGGCAGGUUUGGCACCAUGACCUACCUCUCCAAGGCAGCUGCCACCUACGUGCAGGAGUUCCUGCCCCACAGCAUCUGUGCCAUGCAGUGAGGUUUUGGGUGCUGGCUGCUGGGAGCCUUUCAACAUCUGGUCCCUGUCUGCGUUGAUUUUGCAUGGAACCGAAAUGUUAACGCCUGAUCACUCCCUUUGCUCCUUCCUGUCCCACUCCUCCCAAUAAGAAAGAACUUUUCCCACACCCUGACUGCUCUAGAAGAAGAAAACCCUUACCUGGAGACACCUCCGGUGUGCAUAAACUCAACCAGUCCUUCAUUCAUUGUCUCUAAUAUUCUCAUGGUUCAUAAAAGUUUGCAUGUGUUUUUAUUCUGUAGAUCUGUUACCAACUUAGUUUUCUAACUCCUACUUGGGGAGCAGGUAUCAAUAAUAACUUAUUCCUAAAGUUUGGUUUUCCUUUUAUGUAGUUUUAUUGUGUAUAUAAAUGGUGGGUGCUUUGGGACAUUAUUUCAAGUGAGUAGACAGUAAAUUGGAUUUUACACUGCCAUAGAUUGAAAAUAUCUACUCUUAGUGCCUUUUCUUAGGAAAAAGAGAAUACCAGAUCGUGAUUUCCUUCUUCACUCACAGGUUGCCUCACUUUGAGUGAUAAAAAUAGUUUUGUGUAGAAUUACUGUCUCCUCUCUGUAUCUGUCCACAGUGCCUACUCUUUGGGCUGAAAUAUCAGAAAAUGCAAGCUCAGCAUGCAUAUUUAAAGAUUUCUAUGUUAAUACUAGAAAUCAUAUCUUAUGAAGAUUUCAUGCUUCUCAGAGCAGACCAUGUAGAAUAACCCAGAGAAAUAGAGCUAGGAGCCCAAUUCCAGAGAGGAAGGGAAAAGCAAGAAGAUAUGUGGACAGUUCCUUACACAUAGGGAGCUGAGAAAGCAUCAGACAUGGAUUGGCUCCCUGCAGACAGCCUUUUGCACCAAACUAUUGCCUCUGAAGAGGGGGCCCACACAUGACACCGAGAUUAAUUGAAGCCUCUGUCUUCAACACAGAAAACUGAACAGUUCGGGCUGUAGCUGCUCUACUUUUCUUGUACUUUUUUUCUCUGUCUCACUUACAUACUUUCUAUGACAUCCAACCAGCUCAACCCCCUUCCUUCCUUUCCACAUGUAUUCUUAAACUCUCUCACUUAUAUUUUCAUUUCCUAAUUCUAGUGUUCAUAUCCCUGCAUAUCUUGGUGUCUGUGGGCAUAUAGCUCUUUCUUAUAAACACCUGUGUGUGUCUAAGUAGUUAAGUAGCAUUAAGUAGUUUUGACAUUUCUGUCUGUAUCUACAUUUGAUGGACUGAGUAAUCAUAUAAAUAUGGAUACUGCAUGUGAAAGAGGGGCAUGACUGGCCUCAGGCUGACACACUGAAGGAGGUAGAAGAAUACCUUCAGUCCUCUUUUCUAGUCCCAUGUAUAGGAAGCUUUGCUUGGCAAAGACUUUUCCUUCUUCUGAUUUGUUGAUAAAAACUCUGCUUAUUUCUGCUUAUUUCCCUGUUUGCACUCAGAUAAUUUCCUACUUGAAUCUCCUCCUUUCCCUUCAAUUACUAAGUUUUCUCUAGAGAACAGGAAUGGGGAUGGGUGGGGUGGCAGACUCUAAACACUUCUUACAAAACCAGUGACAAUAUUAUGAAUGUACUAAAUAAGUGAACACAGUAGAGUGAUAGAAAACAGGUGGUGGAAACAAAGAGAGGGUAGUUUACCUUUUUGGUACCUCUCUGAAUAAAUGGAAAUACACAGUAAGUAGCUUUCUCAUUGCAUGAUUUUCUGAUGACUUUUGAAGAAAAUGUACAACCUGUUCUAAAACUAUUCCUCAUUUCACUGGCUAUAAGUAUACCUCAGUCACAGGAAGUGUAUCUGGAUUGCCACUGAUAGAAGUCACCCUCCUGCACUCAUUUGCCUGAACUGACACUUAUGGCUGUGUUUCUCUGGGUUUACUAAAUUGACUGUCACUGUGAUUCCCAGACAAUGGUAUUUAACUUUUAAAGCAACUUUUCAGAAAACUCUACUGGUAUUUUGAUCAUUUUGAGUGUGUGAUACUAACAAGAUAUAUUGGAUUUUUAAAAAGCACUUAUGUUUUGAAAAUAGAAUAAAGAAUAAGACUUUCCAAUUAAAUCAUGUCUGGUGCCAGUGCGCAAAACUUUGUAUGUGAUUAGAGCUUUAUAUUGUUUUGUGAUUAGAGCUUAUUUCAUGACUUUACAUACUCUGUUUAAUUGUAAGUAUAGUCAAAACUCACUAAUUGGGUCAAAUUAGAACAAUAUUAAAUACAUUGUUAGAAACACAUUAUAUGUUAGAAAUUAUAUGGCAGAAACAUAAUAUGUUAGAAAUACAGUAUAUGUAAAGAA